GGAAGGAAGAAUCAAGAUGCCUGUUGUACAAGAUCCAGUUCUUCGAGAAGCCGGAAUAAAGGCUGGUAUCAUGAUUUGGAGAGUAGAGAACUUACAGCUAGCCCCAGCUCAGCAGGAAGCCUAUGGUGGUGUAUUUUACAAAGGGGAUUCCUACCUCAUUUUAAAGACUGUCAAGCAGCCUCGCACAAAGUACGACAUACACUUCUGGCUUGGAUCACAAACUUCUAAUGUUCGCCUCAGAAUAUCUACAAAAUCGUUGUUCUAACACCUUCUAAAAUAUCUGGGAUGAGGCAGGUAUAGCAGCUAUCAAAGCAGUAGAGUUGGACGACAUGUUAGGAGGAGCUCCUGUUCAACAUAGGGAGGUUCAGGGCAACGAGUCCGCUAACUUCCGCGCUUAUUUCAAAACUCUCAGGUACAAAGACGGUGGAGUUGGGUCCGGCUUCAAGAAAGUGACGGACGUCUUCAAAAACAGACUUUACCAGGUAAAAGGAAGGCGCAGAGUCCGAGUUACGGAGGUGCCCUGUUUGAUAGAUAGUGUUAACAGUGGCGAUGUCUUUAUCCUGGACACUAAACAGAUUGUAUAUCUCUUUUACGGAAGCGAGAGCAACAAGAUUGAGAGACAGAAGGGAAUUGAAGUAGCUAACCAAAUAAGGGACGUGGAACACCAGGGAACAUCACAAGUCUUUGUUCUGGAUCAGAACGAUAAGACGGUGCUUAGAGCAGAAGGCAGGAAGUUCUUCACAGUGCUGGGAGCGAACCCUGAGUACAUAAACCACAUAAAGUCAGCCACUGAGGGGGGACAAGACUCUCUGGUUGCUCAGAGCACCUUUAUGAACCUCAUCAGAGUAUCCGACGCAAGUGGGAGGAUGCUGAUGGAGCUAGCUGGCAGAGCCCCCCUAAAUCAGGACAUGUUAGUGGAUCAGGACAGCUAUAUCCUGGACCAUGGUGGCAACAAGAUCUUCGUGUGGCACGGCAAGGGCAGCACUCGGGAGGAGAGGAAAUCUAGCAUGAUCUACGCCUCGGAGUACAUGAUAGAGAAAGGUUACCCAGCAGACACCAUGGUGACAUCUUGUUACCAGUACGCUGAACCAGUCGAGUUUAGACAGUGUUUCCUAGGUAUUUGGAAGGAGAGAGUAUUUGCCAACCAUGAGACUGGACCUGAAAAGAGACGAGCAGCACCGACAGUCACAGUGAACAGCCUCCACAAGAGGAGAGAGAGAAGUGAGGCUAAACGCAUGUUUGAUGAUGGUACUGGAGAGAAACAGGUUUGGAGAAUUGAGAAAAUGAAGCCAGUAGCUGUCCCCGCUGGCAAGAUAGGACAAUUUUACUCGGGAGAUUGUUACAUCGUGUUUUACAGUUACCGUGAGAAUGCUGGGCACGGCAAAGAAGUCCAGAUCGUGUAUUACUGGAUUGGAGCUCACAGUACGCCCGACGAACGUGGAGCGGCAGCUGCCUUUGCUGUAGAACUGGACGACAAACACGGUGGAAAACCAAUACAGAUGAGGAUAGUUCAGGGAAAAGAACCCCCACACUUCAUGCUCAUCUUCAAGGGAACCCUCAUUAUUAGACAAGGAGGCAACAAAUCUGCCUUCACUCAUGUUAAGAAGCGAGAACAUGUAGAAAAUGGAGAGAACGGAGAAAAUGGUGUGAACGGUUCAGCAACGGAAGAACCAAUGGAGGAAGAUUUGGCAGCAGAGCAGGAUGAGAGUACUAGUAACCUGUUCCACGUUAAAGGUAGCACUGAGGACUGCUGCAAGGGAAUUGAGGUAGUCCCUAAAGCCAGCAUGCUGAACAGUAACGACGUAUUUGUGCUGUCGUACGACAUCACCACCUACGUGUGGUACGGUAAGGGAUGUAGUUCUAUGGAGAUGAAAGUUGGUGACUACAUCGCUACAACCAUUGUUAACAAAAGUGCUCCAAUGCUAGGGAUACACGAAGGAGCCGAGCCUGCCCAGUUUUGGACGCUGCUAGGAGGUAAAGAGGAAUACGCUGACUCGGUUACCUUGGCAACCGCAGAGCCCAUCUAUCCGGCCCGACUGUUCCAUGUCAGUAAUGCUAAGGGUUACAUCGCUAUCGAGGAGAUUGCGGACUUUGCACAAGAGGAUCUGAUCGAGGAGGACGUGAUAAUCCUGGAUUGCAGUGACGAGGUGUUCGUGUGGAUCGGAGCAGGUGCCAACGAGGACGAGAGAUCGCACGGACUGGAGCUGGCUACAGAAUACAUCACCAGCGACCCCACCGGUAGAGAUCCUGAUGCUGUCACUAUCUACCAGAUCCGACAGGGACACGAACCUCCAAACUUCCGGGCCCACUUUGCGGGCUGGGACUUCCGGUUCCGGACAUCCAAGAUCAAAAUCUCCGCCGAGGACGGUGUAACUCUAGCAAGUGACGCUCUAGCUCAACUAGAGAGAGAUAACUAUCCGUAUUCUGAGCUGAUUGAUGGAAAAUGUCCCGUCGGAGUUGACCCUUGCUCAAAAGAGAAUUAUUUGGGAGAUGAGGAGUUUAUGAUGUUGUUCGGGAUGGACCGUGCUAAGUUCCUAGACCUUCCUAAAUGGAAGAAACUGAGUCUAAAAAAGGAGAAGAAACUAUUCUAAGGGCGACAUGUCAAGAUCUUACAGAUCCAACGAAGGAGUCUUCAAGUGUUAUAGGGAUGUAUUGCGAUAUUUGCUGAGAUGUAAAGUGCAAUUAUAUUUUUAGGAAUAGGUAUCUAGAUUGUACAGUGACUGUGAAGAUAAGACAUUUACGAUAGCAUUGAUUAUUCUUGUUCAGCUUUCUUUUAGGAAUAUAAUUCAAAUUUCUGCUUGGCCGUUCUUUAUCUAAUGCUUGAAAAUAGUGAUUAGUAUUAAAUUAUUCACUUAAUUUUGAUUUAUUCUACGAUGUAUGAUAUGUUUUGUUGUUGGAAAUUUUCUUGGAUUCAUGUGUUAUGUGUGUAAAUUUGAUAUAUCUAUUUGUUUGUAAAUUUUUAUCUUUGGUUGUGAAAUUCGUUUGCAUGCAUUUAAUUUACAGUUUAGAUCAUUAUUCGCUCAAGUUUUUGACCGGAUGAUAUUUAUUUUCAUUUUACGUUUGAGUCAGUCCUUCAAUUCUGUGUUAUUUUUAGCCAGUUUUAUCUCAGAAUUAUUUAUGUUAUUGUUUUAGGAGCUUUUAACUCUGCUGUUUGGAUAACUGACGUGUAUAAUUCUUCUGAAAAUUCAAUAUUUAUUCAAUUUGUCUCUCCAUUUGUUAUUUACUAAAGUUAACCCGCGU